CAGUGGUAUACUAAUGGUGUGAUACCAGCUGAUCUUUGACUCCAGCCACUGGGUACUAUGUUCAAAGUGGACGGUGGCGUGUUAUGGCCGUGAUUCUUUACGUAUUUUCAGCAAGACAGCACGACGAUUUCAAGGAAUUUGGAUAUUUACAGAAAGAUUAGUACACCAUGAAUACCCUAAUUCACGCAAAAACGAUGAUGUCCGGUCAAGGUGGAAUUAUUCGAUAUUAUGCCCCAUUUAAAUUAUGGUAUAACACCAAUCAUACAAUGGGUCGUAUAGCUGUAAUUUAUACCGACUUGAAAAAUUCGAAAAAGUUAACACUAGAUUCCAUUGUACCACCAGCAUAUAUCAAUAAUGCAACAUGCUUACAAAUUCGUACCUUUUAUGUAACUCCAAGGUGGAAGGGCCAGGAGUCAUCAUCUAAGAUUGAAGAGACGGUAAAGAACAUUAAAGAGGAAAAAGAACUUAAAGAGAAAACAGAUAGUAUUGCAAAAGACUGUGACACAAAAAAAGUUGUUGCUAAAGUUACAAUUUGGCAAAGGAUUAAAGGGGAAAUAUUGCAUUAUUAUCAUGGAUUUCGAUUAUUAGGGCUCGAUAUGAAGGUCUCGGCAAAGUUAAUAUGGAGAAUUUUACAUGGACACGAACUCAGUAGACGGGAGCAUCGUUUGCUAGUAAAAACAACCGGAGAUGUGUUCAGAUUGAUUCCUUUCUCUGUUUUCAUCAUUGUUCCGUUUAUGGAAUUUUUACUUCCUGUUGCAAUUAAAUUGUUCCCUGGUAUGCUGCCUUCUACUUUCCAAACAGCAACCGAGAAAGAAGAUAAACUUAAACAGGCUCUAAAGGUCAAAAUAGAAAUGGCAAAAUUUUUGCAAAAAACAUUGGAUGAAAUGGCAGUGCAGUCGUCAGAUCACAGUUCUGAAAAAGCUAAAGAGUUUGUAGAAUUUUUCUACAAAGUGCGGACAACUGGCGCUGUUGCCUCUAAUAAAGAAAUUAUGAAGUUUAGCAAACUUUUCGAAGAUGAAAUUACUCUAGACUCUCUUUCACGACCGCAAUUGAUUGCUUUAUGUCGUGUAUUGGAUGUGCAAACGCUUGGAACUACCAAUUUCUUACGAUUUUUGCUCAGGAUGAGGUUAAGAAGUCUUACUGCAGACGACCAACUGAUUGAAAAGGAAGGAGUUGACACUCUAACUAGAACUGAAUUGCAACAAGCAUGCAGAGCACGUGGUAUGCGCGCUUAUGGAAUGCCAGAGAACAGAUUGAAGGAACAAUUAUCACAAUGGUUGGACUUGAGUUUAAAUAAGAAGGUUCCACCUUCCUUACUGUUACUAUCACGAGCGCUUAUGAUACCGGAAACAGUACCUAUGUCAGACAAGCUAAAGGCGACUAUUUCGGCUUUACCCGACGCAGUUGUGGCUCGUACGAAAGGUGCUAUUGGAGAGAAAGAGGGUAAACUGGAUCAUAAGACAAAUAUCGAAAUCAUAAAAAUGGAAGAACAGAAGAUCGAAGAAGAGAGAAAGGAAAAGAAGGAAAUCGAACCACAACCAAUUAUCUCAGAAUCUAGUACUAAGAAAGACGAAAUUACUACUACAGAUGUAAAAGUUUUGGAACAAGCUCUGGAUUCAAUUGGCAAGGAUAAUAAAACAAUGGCUGUGGAGAAAGAGGAAAUCAAAGAACUCAAGGAAGAAAUGGCAGAGUAUCAAGAAGAUAUUAAGGAACUGUAUCAAAUUAAAGCAGAAGCAAAGGGUCAAGCGGAUAUAGAAAAUAUUAAAAUAUCAAAAGGUGCUAAGAGAUUAUUUAAUAAAGUAAAUAAGAUGAUCUCAAAAAUGGAUGCCGUUUUGCUGGAGCUCGAACAAUCUGAGAAGAAAGUGAAGCAAAGAAUGAAAUCGCUGGGUCCUGACGAGAAACAGGAUUCCAAAGAUGUUGAAGAAUUAGUCAAAAUAGAUGAAUUGGUCGCAGCUAUUAAGCAAAUCCAAAAUGUACCCGAUGAAUAUCGGUUAAAACGUAUAGCAGAAAUUUUAGGGAAAAUUGAUGAUGAUCACGAUGGUGCGAUCAAAAUAGAAGAUGUCUUAAAGGUUGUAGAAUUGAUAGGUAAGGAAGAUGUUAAAUUAAGUAAAGAGCAAGUGAAUGAAUUGAUUGAAUUGAUGGAUAAAGAAGAAGUAUUGGAAGUAGAACAACAAAUACAAAAGUCGUUAGAAAGGGAUUUCAAGGAUGCAUCCAAAGAGGAGGAAACUAUAAAAGCUACGCAUAAGUCUACGGUUCCAGCUACACCAGUUACUAUCGAACCGAGACUUGACAAAGAAGAGCUGGUAGACGAUACUGUUAGAGAAUCAAGCAAAUCCUAUACAGGUUCGUCUAUCGAAGAGGACAAACAGAAAUCGACUGCCGUUCUUAAAAGUAAAUCCAAUGAAAUAAAAAAUCCUCCACUUACAUCAAGUGUUCCACCAGCAGCGAAAAAGGCAGAAGGUUCGAAACAACUGUGAUCAGCGCACAAUGAAGUAUAAAUUAGUAUAUGUAACUAUCGGAGCAAUAUUUUUAUUAUUGAAAUCUAUCUUUUAUUAUUGAACUCUAUCUUUUUAUUAUUGACACCAUAAAAUAUGAUUUUAGUAUGGAUUUUCACUUAUGUGUAUCACGCAUAUGUUUUCAUCCUUAAAAAAAUUUCCAGCGUUACUUUUCCCAAUAUUAUUUUCCACUAGAAUACAUAAUCACACGGUGAAAGGGAAAUGUUUUAUAUUUAAGCAAGCCGUAAAAAUAAUUUUGUCAAUAUAAUUUAUCAUUAUGCACAGUAAUAUAAUAUAUUAUUGAUACAUUGUAUAUAAAGUAAAGUAUGCGGAGAUAUAUAUGUAUAUGUAUAUAUAUAUAUAUCGUAUAUGCACGUCGUAUAUUUGCUGUACGAAAUAUUUGUGACUAAUACUGAAUUGUCUUUAUUUUCAUA